UCGGCGCAUAAAACUGUUAAACACUGAAAUGGGCUUUUCACAGUGGUAAGAGUGGGAUCGUUAUCUAAAAACACCUCAGAAGCACAGAGAAAUGGAGGAACUAUUUACACCGCAAUUAAUAUCCUAAUGAAGAGCAACAGCGGUUGGAUCAUUUGGGGAAACGCGCUCAUGAAGGAAUUUGGCGCAACAAGUCGCAAGAAGGAUGCCAGCAGUGUAAACUCAAGUAGAAGUUUCUAAGAACUAAGAAAUAACAUAUUAUUUGCUAACUUUAUCUUCAAGGUUAGAUGUUUAUUCUUGACGCAAGUUUUGAGAUUGGCAUAGUUUAAAUGUUUUGCAAAGGUUAGCGCGAGUGGUACUUGAAAUUGCAAUUUUUUGAAACAUAAUUUCUUGUUAGAAUAGAGUUUUUUCUUCUCCUUAUCCACGCACCGCGAUGGCAAAGUUCAAUUUCGCACUGUUUGCAUAUCUUAUUGUGGCGGGACACUGUCUAGCGGUUUUCGCUCAGGCCAAACCUGAUCCACAGCUACGGCAGGUUUCCCACGACGUUCCCUCGGGACCCACCCCUGCCACCGCAAGACCCGGAGGCAGCAGAAACACUUUCAUGGGUCAAAACAUGUCCAUUCCUCGGCGGCCUAGACUUCCACCGCUUCCAAUGUGCACAGGACCCACAGAAAUCCGCGACACGUUCAAGUACAUUAACACGGUGGUGUCCUGUCUUGUGUUUGUCGUUGGGAUAAUUGGAAAUUCCACGUUGUUGAGAAUAAUCUACAAAAACAAAUGCAUGAGAAACGGACCUAACAUCCUUAUCGCCAGUCUGGCUCUUGGAGAUCUGUUACAUAUAGUGAUUGGCAUCCCCAUCAAUGUUUACAAGCUUCUGGCAGAGGACUGGCCAUUUGGAGUCGGAUUCUGCAAACUGGUCCCGUUUGUGCAAAAAGCUUCGGUUGGAAUUACAGUGUUGAGUUUGUGUGCACUGAGCAUUGACAGGUAUCGAGCCGUGGCAUCCUGGAACCGCAUAAAGGGUAUCGGCGUGCCCAAAUGGACCGCCAUCGAGAUCAUACUGAUCUGGGUUCUGUCCAUCCUCCUGGCGGCUCCGGAGGCCGUGGCUUUCGACAUGAUCACGAUGGACUACAAAGGGGAGCAUCUGAGGAUCUGUCUGUUGCAUCCCAUGCAGAAAACAGAGUUCAUGAGGUUUUACAAAUCAGCUAAAGACUGGUGGCUUUUUAGCUUCUACUUCUGCAUGCCACUGGCCUGCACAGCCCUCUUCUACACACUCAUGACCUGUGAGAUGCUACGCAAGAAGAACGGCAUGCAGAUUGCCCUCAGUGACCAACUCAAGCAGAGACGCGAGGUGGCCAAGACAGUGUUCUGCCUGGUGCUGGUAUUCGCUCUGUGCUGGCUCCCUCUGCACCUGAGCCGCAUCCUCAAGCUGACCAUCUACGACGAGGGAGACCCCAACCGCUGUGAACUGCUCAGUUUCUUUCUCGUUCUGGACUACAUCGGCAUAAACAUGGCUUCUGUGAACUCUUGUAUCAACCCCAUCGCUCUUUAUAUGGUCAGCAAGAGGUUCAAGACCUGCUUCCGGUCGUGCCUGUGCUGCUGGUGCCUGCCCCCUGAGAUGCUUUCCAUGGAUGAGAAGCAGUCCUGCAUGAAGCUCAAGCCCACAGACCGGGCCUCGGAGCAGAGCAACUCCCGUGUCACCAACAAGUACACCUCUGCCUGAGCACGACCCCCCUCAUGCCCCCACGAACCCCCCGCCCUGUGUCACCUCCAAAGUCCAAAGGCACUUCACUGACUCCAGACCUCUUCAAAAAGGCUCUUGUCCAUGGCGAAGGUCAUUUCCCCCACCCACCCACCCCCCCA